AUGAAUGGAGAUGACAUGAUUCCAGGAUCUCCAGUGACUGAUAAGAGAGCCAUCAUCUUGGCUAUCGUUUUAUUAUUUUUGUGCCUGGUGGCAGCAGUGAGCAAUGGCUUCAUCACUGCAGCUCUGGACGAGGAGUGGUUGCUACAGAGAACACUGUUCCCUUGUGAUAAAUUAUUAGUCAGCCUGGGGGCCUCUUGCCUCUGCCUGCUGGGUGUGAUGAGGAAGACCAUUUAUAUUUUCCUGUAUCCAGAGGCCUUCCCAUCCAACCUUGUACUGCAGUUCCUAGCCUUCUGGCGGGACUCCAUCUUAUGGUUCUCCCCUACCUAAUUCAGUGUCUUCCAUUGCAUGAAAAUUGCAACCUUCACCCUCCCCAUCUUCCUCUGGCUAAAAUAGAAGGUGUCUGGGUUGGUUUGAUGGACUGUAGGGCUCUCCAACUUGAGCACCAUCUUUUUCAUAGGCAACCAGAGCUUGUAACAGUACUUUGUAAGGAGAAGGUUGCAAUCUGGGAAUGCCAUUGAGAAUACCGUAAGACCAUAUGAGAAAUUCUUCCUCUGUUUAAAACUUGUUAGCUGGACAGUCGUUACCGUCGUCUUCCUUUUUGGCAGUUUGGUCAUGUCUCUGGAAAGACACACUAAGAAGGUCUGCCUGUAUUGUGGCUUUUGUGAGCCCAGUGCCCAGGCGCACAACCAGGUUCUCCUGGCUCUCAUGUCCUUAUCCAUCCUCUCCACCUCCUGUUUUCUGUCACCGGUGCUCAAUGCUGCAGGUGUUUUUCCAUUUUGGGACCCUAGCUACUGGGUGUGGCAGGCAGUGAUUUAUCUGUGCUUAGCAGUCCCCAUCACUGCACUUGAGCAACCCCCAGCCGAGAGGUGUGGUGGAGAGGGGCUGCUGUGCAGGGUGCUGGGCAUCGUGAGUUGCGAUUGA